UUAACUAUGAUCAGUUAGCAUUUGACAUUUUAUUUCAUUUGAGUGUUACCGCUUUUCCUUGAUGGCAAGGGGUGUUUUACCUUAUGAUUUGGUUUCCUUUAUUUGUUUGCUUACCCGCUACUUGGCUAGAAUAUUCUGAUUUUCCCAAGCUCAAAAUGUCUAAGCGAGGGCGGGAGGAUCGGCCGAGAACAAGUUCCCUAUGUUGUCGCUGCGUUUGCCGGUGGCGACGACGGUCAACUGCGCCGAUAACACUGGGGCUAAAAACCUGCGCCCUUCUAUUUUUUCUUUCCGCUUCCUUUCCUUCCUUCUUCCCUCUUCGCAAAUCAGAGUUCCUCGAGAUUGUUGGUGUCGUCAACAACAUGAAAUUUCUCAAAAGAGAAGAUACUUUUCAGCCGAAAUCUACCAGGAGUCGUCUGCCGUGAAAUUAUCCGAAAAAAGAAGAUGGCUAUUCAUCUAAACGAAGUCAUCUACCUGGAGCCAACUGCCCGGAAAUAUUCCGAAAAAGGAGAUUGUUAUUCCUUCCUUCAGAUUGUUCUUCUUCUUUUAGAAUCAUCUUAACGGAAAUCCAGCCGACUAUAUUUGAGUUCGAGGUAAGCUGUUAUUCUAAAUCAUAUAAUCUAUCCUUUAUUUUAAUUGAUUUCCGAUUGACUAGGUUUGAAUCACUUAGAAAGCUGUUAAUUUUUUCAGGAAAGAAGGUGUUUGUUAAAAUUCCUCAAUCAAGUAUAUCUUCCUACAAUUAGUCUUAUACGCUUGGAAGAACGAGUAGAGUGGUUCUGGUUGGGGCUUCACUUAGUUGAAGAUCUAUAUCUAUGUAGUGUUCAGAGCAAUGAUCACAUCAGUCUGCAACCUUCUUCAUCGAUCUCUGGCUUCUACCUUUCCCUUUCGGUUUCGAUUGUCUUCCAACAUGCGCCCUUCUAUUUUUUCUUUCCGCUUCCUUUCCUUCCUUCUUCCCUCUUCGCAAAUCAGAGUUCCUCGAGAUUGUUGGUGUCGUCAACAACAUGAAAUUUCUCAAAAGAGAAGAUACUUUUCAGCCGAAAUCUACCAGGAGUCGUCUGCCGUGAAAUUAUCCGAAAAAAGAAGAUGGCUAUUCAUCUAAACGAAGUCAUCUACCUGGAGCCAACUGCCCGGAAAUAUUCCGAAAAAGGAGAUUGUUAUUCCUUCCUUCAGAUUGUUCUUCUUCUUUUAGAAUCAUCUUAACGGAAAUCCAGCCGACUAUAUUUGAGUUCGAGGUAAGCUGUUAUUCUAAAUCAUAUAAUCUAUCCUUUAUUUUAAUUGAUUUCCGAUUGACUAGGUUUGAAUCACUUAGAAAGCUGUUAAUUUUUUCAGGAAAGAAGGUGUUUGUUAAAAUUCCUCAAUCAAGUAUAUCUUCCUACAAUUAGUCUUAUACGCUUGGAAGAACGAGUAGAGUGGUUCUGGUUGGGGCUUCACUUAGUUGAAGAUCUAUAUCUAUGUAGUGUUCAGAGCAAUGAUCACAUCAGAAUAUUCUGAUUUUCCCAAGCUCAAAAUGUCUAAGCGAGGGCGGGAGGAUCGGCCGAGAACAAGUUCCCUAUGUUGUCGCUGGGUUUGCCGGUGGCGGCGACGGUCAACUGCGCCGAUAACACUGGGGCUAAAAACCUCUACAUUAUUUCCGUCAAGGGCAUCAAGGGUCGCCUUAGUUAAAUUCAGGUGGAGGAACCUCAUCCUACGUCACUUCAAAAGGCAUAAAUUAUCAAUUGAAGGCACUGGAAGAGGGAAAGGAUUGAGAAGUGCAGCCCAGAAAUGAGUUUUCACAAGACUAAUUUGUAUAAGGGUACGUUAUAUGCAUGACAAAGUUAAAAGGAAAACAUUUCAUAGGAAUGUAACUAGGUUAGUGUCCCAAAAUGGAUGGAAGUAUCAGGGCGUCGACAAGGCAAUUAUAAUGAGAAAUGGAUGGAGCGUAACUAUGUUUACCGCUGGAACAAACAGCCUAUUUGAGCAAAGAGUAGUAGUUGACCAGAGCUUACCGAAACUAAUCCAGUGGCAUCGUAUCGGUGUACAUAAUGAUAUGUUUGGUUCUUAUGUAUUGCAACAACUUAACAAAAAUUUUAUGUUUAUGUUGAAACAAGGAUUUUCACUGAUAGCAUAAAUGGCAAAUUUAUAAGCAUACCAAAAGUUUUUGUGCAUCGAGAUGCAAGGGUUGGUAUCAUAAAAGUGUCA